AUGGCUACAGCAGGUGCCGAACCAUACGGUUCCCCCCUGCGCCACCCCAACUGUCGUCUCUCCGUGAACACCUCCAUCCACAGUCCGCUGAGCUCGUGGUAUAUUGACUCCGCCGAGCCGCAGCGGGGGGUGAUGUCGCCCAUGAGUCCACUGCCGUACCGCAGCCCCGCCAUUUACGUCCGCCGGGAGGACUUCACCCCCCGCCGCUCUUCCCCGAUCGUCGCCGCCCGCGGGGCCCGCACGAGUCAAGAUCGACCCGCCAGCAACGCCAACGGGGGUGUGGGGUCCAUGUCGCCCCGCUGCGGGGUUAUCGCUCAGCGGCGCUAUCAACUCACCCCAACGGAUUACUUCUCCGCCACCGUGCAGGGGGGAAGUCAGCGGAUGGGAUCACGCAGUGGACGGGCACUCUCUUCUACAUUGGGCCGCAGUAGUGGAUUGGGAUCGCCAGCUCGGCAAUCCGCCACCCCGUUGACACAGUCCCCAUUGCUGGAUGUAAACACAGCCUCCAGGCCAUUGUCAGCACGACAAGCACCGUUUCGCUUUUCGCAACAGGAACAACAGGAACAAAAACAAGUACAAUCACAACAAUUAUCACUUCCACCACAACAACAAGGACAACCACAACCACAACCGUAUGUGCAACAGUACAGUUUUCGUGUACAAGUUUCAGGACAGAAGAUAAAGGGUAAUCGAAGGGAUGAUGAUUCCCUUGUUACAAGCAGUAAUGAUUUAUCAAAUACGGAUGAUGGAACUUCAUAUAAUUUAAAGGCCACUCAACAGGAUUGUACAAAUACUCGAACAACUAAAUUAACUCAUAGGCCAGUAAGAGAGUUAACACGAGUGGAAGAUUCUCCAGCACGUACAAAGGUUACUUCCGAAACUUUUCCUAAACAGUUUGUUCAAAAAGUUAUAACUCCUGUAGUACGCCGUCAACAAACACCAGAAUACUAUAAUCCUGUAAGAAAUAAUUCAUCUUCAUUAGAAAACAGUGGGAUUAGUAAUACAGAUCGAAUUGACUUGAAUGGUACUCUUAAUCGUGAAUUUCCUAUUCAUGAGAGCCUUUGUGUUAAUCCUCGACGAAGAAUGCCAAAUAUAGGUACAGUACCCAAUAUGUAUUCAACAAUGCAUACCAUAGUUCCACAGCGUCGUGUUAGGGCGGAAGAGGCUGUGGAAGCAGCACCCCAAUCAAAUGCAGUAGCAGCAUCAGUAACAGCCGCAGCAGCCGCAGUAACAGCAGCAUCAGUAACAGUAUCAGUAACAACAACAACAGCCGCAGCCGCAGCCGCAGCCGCAACUGCAGCCACCUCAGAGACAGCCACAGCGGGAGUAACACCUAUACAAAGCAGUGAUUGCAGUCGAACCAGUACUGAUACCUCAAAUGUUAUAAAUAAUAAUGUGAUUACAAAAACUCCAAUAUUGAUGGAACCAAAGUUUUCUUUUGUUUCUUCACGUUCAAUUAUGCAGCAAUUUGUUCAGAGAUGGCGUAAUCAUUAUGAAGAAAACAAAAGUGCAUACUAUGAAGGAGGAUAUAUGUCAGUUACCCCAGGUAAAAAAUUAAAUUCACGUUAUGUGGUUGUACAAAAACUUGGUUGGGGUGAAUUCAGUACAGUAUGGUUAGCAUAUGAUACAUUACAUACAACAUUAGGCAAACCACAUCAGGCCUUUGUUGCUUUAAAGAUUGCAAAAUGUGAUAAUACCGUAUCACAAAGUACUCAAUAUGAAAUUAAUUUACUUCGUUACAUUGGAGCCAAAUCAGAAGCUGGUACACCUCUUACAAAUCUUGUGGAUUGUUUUGAAGUUAAAGGUGAAUAUGGAUCUCAUGUUUGUAUGGUAAUGCCACUUCAUGGAUCUAAUCUCCUCAGUAUUAUUGAUCAAAUGAAAGCAAAAAAAUGUAUGCGCAGUUCAUCUGAGAUUCGUCUUAUUAAGGAAAUUGUUGCCUCCAUGUUAAUAGGGCUUAAUGAACUUGAUAGACUUGAUAUCAUUCACACCGAUAUUAAACCAGAAAAUGUUCUUUGCUCUUCACCAGAUCCAAAGGUAUUUCAUGUCAUUGAAACCUUUUGUCGUCGUAAUAAAGAACGCUCUACUAUGGUACCAUAUGAGAAAAUACAUGAAUCCAUGUCCCAGGGUGAUCCAAAUCAUCUCGUGCGUCUUGCAGACUUUGGUCUCUCUGCCGCAUUAAAACCACCAGCUACUAUAGCUACAAAUUCAUUACAAGAUGCAAAUGAAGAAAUACUUUUAAAAAGUUUAAUUGGAAGUAAAAAAGAAUUUCCAGUAGAGAAAUCAGGUACUGUAACCAAUUUACGUGGGACGAUGAUUCAAACUCGUGAGUAUCGUGCACCUGAAAUUAUUAUCGGACUUGAUUUUAAUACACGUACAGAUAUUUGGAGUGUGGGCUGUAUGGUAUAUGAACUUAUUACGGGCGAUUUUCUUAUGGAUCCCAAACGUCGUACGAAAAAUGAACGUAUGAUGGAUGUGGAGCAUUUGGCAAUGAUGAUGCAAAUUCUUGGUCCUGUACCCGAUGAAAUUAUUAAACUUCGUACUAAACGAGAUCCACAUAGACCACCACCACGAUAUAUUCAUCGUUAUUUUGAUGAAAAUGGUCGUUUUAUCUAUGCAGAUAGAUAUCGCCUUUACCCAAGACGUCAUUUAGAACGUGAAUUGGAGCUUUAUUUGCCCCCCGCAGAGGCCAGAGAGGCGGGUGGGUUUAUUAUGAAUUGUUUAGAAUCAUACGAUCCCACCAGGCGUCCAUCCGCCCGUUGUCUCCUCGGACACACUUGGCUCGCAGAGGUCACUGGUCAGCAAUAA